ACCAGCUGCGCCGCGGCUCUUCUGACGCCUCUCGCGGGCGUCGUCGGCCGGUCGGACUCGGGAGCUGGUUUGGGGGAGAGGGGGUAGGUGGCGCGUGGUGCUGUUCCCCUUCCCGACCAGCCAUGGCCACGGAGCGGGAGCCGGGCACGGCCAGCGAGGGCUUCAAGUUCUCAGCAGAUGUCAAACCGUUUGUCCCAAAAUACACGACAGUAACUGUGGCAUGGUCAGAACCUUCGGAAGCAUGUGUCUUUCCUACUACAUACUACCCACGUGUUCAGGAACCGUCUGUGGAUAAAUCUGUUGAAUUUGCGGAAGCUGUAUUUAAGGCUUCCUUUAGCCAGCCACAAAUAUGUGCGGAAGAUGUGUCCUGGGAUGGCGCUUCAUCUCUUUCUCAAUAUAUAUCUGGUAGCGUUAUGGGAUAUACUCCACUUGGUGAAUACUCUAGCUCACCUUCUUCGUCUGAUGCUGCACCAAAUAUGUACUCAGUAGCCAGCGCACGGUAUAAUUAUAACAACUCUCAACACUACAGUCAUUCCAGGAUAGUUAAUGAAUGUGGCGAACAAAUUUGUCCAGUCAAACAAGAGACUAGAAAGACUCCUAAAAGGAGAUCAAAAGGUGAUGAGCAGAAAUUGGACAAUAAAAGGCUUGAUGGAAGUGACUCAUCAGACAGAACAACAAAUAGAAGUUCACUUCAUACUUCUGUGUAUGGCAGAGAUGCUUUGAAACCAGACAGGUCUAAUAAAGCCAUGAACAGGAAAUCAAAACAGAUUCCAAAAAACGAGUCUCUUCCAAAACCUGCUUUUGAAGUUACCCUUUCGGAUUUCCCUAAGUUGCAGACUCUGGGAAGCAAUGAUGUAGUGGACCUAGAAAAACAUAAAUGGGGGCCAUUAUGCUCAACUGAAGGCAAUACUGCACUCUUGAGACAACCAGUCAGAACACAGACUUCUGCUUUGGUGACCACAGAGGAUAAAAACAAAGCGGAAAACAAAGCUGUAUCAAAAAUUUAUACAGAAGUAGGUUCAGUUUCCUCUUCACUUGAUACUAGAGCAGCACUUCCUCCAACAUCUGCACCUUACUCCACUCAGUCACAUUUAUCUUGGGCCACCAUACUAUCGCAGGCUCCAAAGAGAGUUGUUUCCUCACCAGCCUCUGAACUUAUUUCCAGUAACCAUUCUUGCAGCAAAGAAAAACAAGAUGUUCAGGCAAAUAGUAAGUCAAAAACAAGAAAUGAUGCUAGUGAAACUGAGCCUGAAGAAGUAUCAGAAAAGAAGAAGAAAAAAAAGAAAAAGAAACCUAAAUCAAAUCCUGAAGAGGAAAAACCUCAAAAUGAAAGCUUUAUACUACAGGAACCACCAAGGAUUGAGGAUGCUGAAGAGUUUCCUGACCUGGCAGCUGCUUCUGACCGAAAAAACAGGGCGGGGACUCAGAAAUCAUUCUAUGCUCCUCCUGUUAGCAGAAGGCAGCCUGAAGUACAUGUAACCAAAGAGUCCUGUGACAGUCAUUAUCGAAAAGAUACAUCAAACUUGGGAGCUGUUGUAACAUCAGGGAAAAAAACAGGGAAACAUGCUUCAUCUGCUAUGUUGGAAAGAAAAAAACCUCAGGAAGCUUCUAAGAGCAGUGGAAAGAAGAGUCAGAUUCCAGUGAAGUUGGAUUUGGGAGGCAUGCUGGCUGUAUUGGAGCAGAAGCAACAUGCAGAGAAAUCAAAACAGUCCUCAAAACCUGUGGUGCUUUCAGUUGGCGGUGCCAUACCAUUGCUUUCAAAAGAACCUACAACAGUAACAAAAAAUCAACAAUUAAGUCAAGGGAAGACACCACAUAAUCCAUUGGACUCCAGUGCUCCUUUGGUAAAGAAAGGAAAGCAGAGAGAAGUCCCCAAAGCAAAGAAACCAACAUCUCUUAAAAAGAUUAUUUUGAAAGAGAGAGAACAGCGAAAACAGCACCUGUUAGAACAGACAACGAUUCCAAAAGAUGAUGGAGAUACUGUUCAUCAGUGUGAAGAAUCCGCAACUGAAGAUCAGACACUUACUCAGGAUACCAAAACAGACAUAGCAGAAGAUGUUCCCAUAACCUCAGUUUCUGUGGCUCAGAGCAGUUCAGAAGUGUUCCUGGAACGUGAAGACCUCAAGGAUUCUACGGAAAGUUCUUCCAGUCUAACACAACUAAACUCCAGCCUUCCAAAAAUCCAUAGCAGGAGAUUUAGAGAUUACUGUAGCCAGGUACUUAGUAAAGAAGUUGAUAGUUGUGUGACAGACCUUCUAAAAGAACUGGUUCGUUUCCAAGAUCGCUUGUAUCAGAAAGACCCAGUGAAGGCCAAGACAAAACGCAGACUUGUUAUGGGGCUCAGAGAAGUUUUGAAACACCUGAAGUUGAAAAAAUUGAAAUGUGUCAUCAUCUCUCCAAACUGUGAAAAGAUUCAAUCAAAGGGUGGGUUGGAUGAGACUCUACAUACCAUUAUUGAUUGUGCCUGUGAACAGAAUAUCCCAUUUGUCUUUGCUCUCAAUCGCAAAGCUCUAGGACGUUGUGUGAACAAAGCAGUGCCUGUCAGUGUGGUGGGAAUUUUCAGCUAUGAUGGUGCUCAGGACCACUUUCACAAAAUGGUAGAACUGACGAUGGAAGCCAGGCAUGCAUACAAAGAUAUGGUGGCAGCUUUAGAGGAAGAGGCAGCUGAAGGGGGAGGAAGUGAAAAACACAGCACAAUCUUAACCACUCAAUAUGAAGAGAAGAGCUUGUCCGAGACCGGUAAAACGCCCCAUGUGGAAUCUGAUGAGGAUGUACCAAAUUACAUCAAAAUCUGGAAGAGAAAGCUUGAGGAGGAGUAUAACCCUUAUGCCUUGGAAUUAGAAAAGACUGCGACUACUGAAAUGCUGACCUUGAAUUUAGAUGAGCCUCAGUAAAGCUGGAUCAUAUUUUAUUGGGCCUUAUUACUUUUUACACAGAUAAUUCAGUAUUUACAGAUCUAAAAUCAGUGGUCCAUCUAAGCUGCGAGGUGUAGCAAAUAAAGUGUAAUCUAGGAAACGUCUAAA